AUGUCGGAACACAAGCAUAAGCCGUCACCCUCGAAUGAGGACAUCUCGAACUCUAGUGAAGUAGCCAUCGCAUCUAGCUCGUGUCCAGCAUUUGAUCCGGUUUCUUACCGUAACGCAUCACACCUCCGUUACUUGCAUGACACAUUAAAGAAUGAGAAUGAAGAGCUGUUUAAAUUGGUUCUUGAUUGCGAAGACCGUUGCACAUCCGAAAAUGCUGAGGAUUCUCAAACAGUUUCCGAGGACUGGGAAACAACUGUUGCCGUAGUGGGCGAUCGUGGACCUCGACAGUCCGUCCCUGGUUGUUCUGCUAGCAAGUCAACCGCAGAUAAAAAGAAGCAAAUACUUUCCAAUUCAAUGAUGCAGGCAUAUAUUGCCAUGCGUGGCCCGGAAAUGGCUGCUGAGAUGGACCCUCUGUUUGAAUGGAUUCAGCUUCGCCAUGAUCAGGCAGACCCCAACACUUCAUCUCAACCUCACGACGAUCCCAAGGAUGUCUCUAAGAUGUUGGAACUUAUGGAUAAGGCUCUACUUCCUGAAAACAUGACCGGUGACUCUCCUCGUGCUGCUAUUUUUGAGUUUCCGAAGCCGCCACACCACCACAUAGUUCCUCCGGCUACAAUGAACCUCUUACCCCACCAUAAGGUUGCUGAUGCGGUGCGUUGUCGUUCUCCCGUUUGGGGAGAUGAUGAAGAUGACGAUGAGGGCGCCGUUCCUACUGGCCUUCUUUCGCCAUGCACCUUUCUCGAGUGGUCUCGUAAUUGCAAGCGUUGGCCUGGCAAAGAGAUUCAGGACCCCCACAACGUUCUUGCUGGUGCUCAACGAAUGCGUCCCGAAGGACCUGCACCGGUCAAGGACCAUUUUCCCCAGUACCUCCAGGACAUGAAGCUCCAGAGAGAUUACCAAACAGGAGAGGAAUUAUCCCCUCUUUACAACGUCCCCGACGACCCGUCUCUCAUCUUCACGCCCCCAGGCCUGCCUGACAGACAGUAUGCCCCGGCCAAAUUCCUAACUCAAUAUGAUCGCAUGGCUCCUAUGGAAGCCAAGAAUCUCCGAGACCAUGUGUAUGGCAAGGCACAGAAAAGCGUGCCACCUGCCAGUACUCAUAAUAGAUUCACAAACACCGAGGUGAAUAAUGUUGUGAACAGAAUCACCAGAUUCGAUGGUGACGGUCUUUCUGGCCCUGAGGUAUACACUAUGCUCAAGGACCAGUACCAGACCCUCGCAGAGCAGAGAGCUGAAGGCGAGGCCUUCCGCGAGCGAAUUUCUGAGCAGAGCAAACGAAUCCAGGAGCUCGAAAUUGAGCGGGAUAGCCUUCGGGGAUACUUUAUCCCUCUAUUGCAGCAGCAACGCGCUGAACACCGUGCCGAGCAGGAGCGUCUCGCAUUUCAGGCACUUCAUGGCCAACGUGGUGUCCGAGAUGAUCGUAUCCGAGAGCAUCUUGGAAACCACAUGCGUGAGGUACAACUCCAACUGGACCGCUCGUACAUGCAGCGCACCGAGUCGAUGAAUAAGAUCAAGGCGAACCAACGCCGCCUCUCGCAACUUGAACAAGAGAUCUGUGAGGAGUGUCUCCUGGCUGGAACAAGUCCUCGAGGCAUUUUUGAUGAGCUCAACGGUCUCAUACCACAUCCUGAAACUCCUGCGUGGUCAGCAGCAGGAGGAAUGAACUACAACGCUACUUACUUCUACCCUGACUUCAAUGCUGAUAAUGUCCAGCCAACUAGCGCUGAUGCCAGACAACCCGAGAAGUCGAUGGGCGAGCAUUCGAUGGGAGAGCAUGCGAUGAGAGACACUGACUCGUAUUCUGGAAAUACUCUCAUUAGCCCUGCGCCCGCUCCCCGACGGGAAACACAUCCGUCAAACGCGGAUCCCACCACCCGCGGCUAUUUCGCCGGCCGCCCCCCUUCUCCGUUUUCUCUUCUGAGAUCCGUGCCCCUUGAUGCACCCGGCGCGCUGAGCCAAUACGCCGGAGCAGGAUAUCGGGCGCCUUUCAGCGGCUUCGACGAAUAUACGAUGAUGCCACAGUCCCGCCGUCACCGUCGCCACGCCACAACUCAGACCUAUUGCGAUCCUGCCAUUGCUGAGGAGGGUAAGAUCGAGGCUAAUUCCUCUGCGCAGAAAAGCUCCAAGGAAAGGGCCAAGAGCGGCGCAUCUCACAUUCGAGGUCCUGACAGACUUAUCUGCUUCGCCCCUCCCCCCCGUGAACCGGAGCCGAUUGAUCGAUCCUACUAUGACUAUGACCUCUAG